AUGGCGCUAGGCGUCGCGCUCCCUCCUCAAGCCCCGAUAAGACAGAAGACUCUUCAACAGGCGGAACUCGCAACGAAUUGUUAUCCAGUUCCGGGAGGACUAACUUGCAACCUUUACACCACAGCAUUCCGGGUGAAGAGGCACAGAAUGCUUACUCAAAACUCCCGAUUCUUCAAACACAACUUUGAAAUCGUCGCAAAUGCCGCAAGAUCCCAACUGGCGCGCGAGGAUCCGAGUGACACUGUGAUCUCGUCCAUGCUAUUUGGUCUGCGAAUCGCUCUCAGAGGCUCCAACCCUCCGCGAUACCGUGGCAUGUGCGACAUUGCGGUACUAUUCCUUGUUGUCUCCUUUGUCUGCACCAUAACCGGUGUCUUCCUUAUUGCUCCAAUGUACCUUGCGAGUGUGUCGUCGAGUGACAAGCCCCCCACCUAA